AUGGUGUCAAGCAUCCUUGAGAAACUGGAUGUUGAUAUGUUGGAUAAAUCCAGUGAGAUGGAGCUUUUGAGUAAUCAGCAGCUUGAAGUAAAAUACUACAUACAGGGUCCAAGUGCAAGUGCUUACGUGACGUACUAUCGAGCGGAAGAUGCUCUAAAAGCCAUCCAAGCUGUAAAUAAUAUACACGUUGACGGGAGAACAUUAAAAGCAUCUCUAGGGACAACCAAGUAUUGCAGUCACUUCCUUAAAAAUCAGCAGUGCCCAAAAUCGGACUGCAUGUAUUUACAUGAAUUAGGUGAUGAAUUGGCCAGUUUUACAAAAGAAGAAAUGCAACAAGGGAAACAUCAAGAAUAUGAACGAAAACUUUAUGAACAAGUGUUGGGAGGUUGUAAUCAUUUAACUAGGUAAGGUUUUUAUAUAAUUUUUUGAAGGGAGUU